UUAAACCCUAUCUAUCUCAUUCGUUCCUACUCGAAGGAAACAUCUUCCCACGUUCCCCAUUAUACCCUUCCCGUUACUCACAAUUCUCAUAUAAUGCCAUCCACGCUUUCCCCUUUUCACCCAAUUCUCAGACCCAUUUUUUCAGGAGUCCUCCCCCAGAAACUGCGCUACCAUUUCCUGGCCACCCGCAAUUUGCAGAGAAGCUUGCUUUUGACCCGAGCCGAAUCCCUAAUUCCGGCUCCGUUAGGUAACAGCAGCUUUUCGACCCGUUCGGGGCGAGAAUCAAUCGGGUCGGGUUUCGGUCAGGGCGUGCGGGCAGGGUCGUCUUCUUCGUCCAAGAGUUUGAUUGACGACGAGGCCGAUUUGAGCGACUGGGUUAGUGGGCUCAAUUCAAAGUCAUUCAUGAAGACGCGCGUGUACAGCGAGAGCGAGAGGGAGGAUGAUGACAGAGGUAACGGUGGGAAGAGGAGGAGGGAUAGCGAAUCUGAAAAAGAUUCCGACUUUUCGAGUAGGAGAGGCAGCAGAGGGUGGGAUCCGCGGUGGGGGCGAUUACAAGUUUCCUAGUAGAGGUGGUGGUGGUUGGGGGCGGGGGUCGAGUGAUUUUGGAUCUUCUAGUAUGCGUGGGAGUAGGGGUGGUGGGCGAAGUGAUUUUGGAAGUAGGGGUGGUGGUAGGGGUGGGGGGCGGGGGUCGAGUGAUUUUGGAUCCUCUAGUAGGGGUGGGGGGCGGGGUGAAUAUGGAGGAUAUUCUAGUAGGGGGCGUGGGGGUGGAGGGAGAGGCGGUGGUCGUAGCUCGGGUGAUUACGAGUCUAGUGGCAGUGUGUUUGGGGGAAGAGGUAGGGAUUCGACUGAAGUAGGGAGGGGCGGGAGGUUUGGGGGUUCGUUUGACGAGAGGAGAGGGAGUAGCGAUGGUGGUUCUUUGAGCGGCAGGGGAAACGGGAGGGGUAGAGGGGGUUCUAGAGGCGGUGCUAGAGGUGGUUUGGCAACGAAGAGAGAGAUUGUGAAACGAGGGUCUGCCGUUACAGAAGACGACGAUUCAGAGGAGGAAGAGGAUGAGGGAAAAGAUAACGGGUAUACGAGUUUUAAGGGGUUGGUUGACAGUGAUGAUGAAGUAGACGAUGAUGAUGAUGAAGUAGAUGAUGAUGAUGAUGAAAGUGACGAAGAUGACGAGGAAGAAGUGUCUGAGAAAGAAGCGAUUAAAUCGAGCUCGCAUCAAAGCACGCCACACGAAAGCGAUUCUUACCUUAGCGAAAGCAGGUUUGAUCAAUGUUCUAUCUCGCCGUUGUCGCUUAAAGGAAUCAAAGAUGCUGGAUACGAAAGAAUGACUUUGGUCCAGGAGGCAACACUUCCUCUCAUUUUGAAAGGUAAGGAUGUACUUGCCAAGGCAAGAACCGGCACGGGGAAGACAGUAGCAUUUUUGCUUCCUGCAAUUGAAAUUGUAGUGAAAACACCCUCUACGGCUGGUGAACAAAAACGCCCUCCGAUUCUUGUUCUUGUUGUAUGCCCAACUCGGGAGCUUGCUAGUCAGGCUGCUUCCGAGGCCACCAAAUUGUUGAAGUACCACCCUUCGGUUGGCGUUCAAGUUGUCAUAGGAGGUACUCGAUUAGCUCUGGAGCAAAAACGAAUGCAAGCCAAUGCAUGUCAGAUACUUGUGGCUACGCCUGGAAGGCUUAGGGAUCAUGUAGAGAAUACAUCUGGAUUUGCUACUCGUCUGAUGGGAGUUAAAGUCUUAAUUCUUGAUGAAGCUGAUCAUUUGUUAGACAUGGGUUUCCGCAAAGAUAUAGAGAGAAUAAUAGCUGCUGUUCCGAAACAGCGCCAAACACUUCUAUUUUCUGCAACAAUUCCACCAGAGGUUCGUCAAAUUUGUCACGUUGCCUUAAAAAGAGACCACGACUUCGUAAACACGGUCGAGGAAGGAAGCGAAGAUACGCAUGCACAGGUCAAACAGAUGCAUCUAGUUGCUCCUUUGGACAAACAUUUCUCGCUUCUCUAUACUAUGCUAAAGGAGCAUAUUGCUGAUGAUGUUAAUUAUAAGAUUCUUGUUUUCUGCACAACUGCAAUGGUGACGAGGCUUGUAGCUGAGCUCCUGGGCGAGCUUAAGAUGAAUGUCAGAGAGAUCCACUCUCGAAAACCUCAAAGUUACAGAACCAGAGUUUCCGACGAAUUCCGCAAGUCAAAGGGUAUUAUUCUAGUAACAUCUGACGUUUCUGCACGUGGUGUAGAUUAUCCAGACGUGACUCUCGUCGUACAGAUGGGUGUUCCAUCAGAUAAGCAGCAGUAUAUACAUCGAUUGGGUCGAACCGGAAGAAAAGGAAAAGAAGGGCAAGGCAUAUUGAUGUUGGCACCUUGGGAAGAGUUCUUCUUGUCCACUAUCAAAGAUUUACCUAUCUCAAAAGCGCCCGAGCCUUUGGUUGAUCCAGACACCAGAAAAAAGGUUGAACGUGCGUUGAGCAAUGGAGAGAUGAAGAACAAAGAAGCAGCAUAUCAGGCAUGGCUUGGUUACUACAACUCCAAUAAAGGAGUCGGUCGAGAUAAAUAUAAACUUGUAGAGCUUGCAAAUGAGUUUAGUCGAAGCAUGGGGCUCGAUAAUCCUCCAGCUAUCUCGAAGAUGGUGCUUGGCAAAAUGGGCCUCAAGAAUAUUCCUGGUUUGAGGUCUAAGUAGAUAUCAACAAAGCUUAAGAUUCUCAUAUUCCUUUUCGAUUUUUUUUCUUCGAUCACUAUUUUUGUAAUAAAGACUUGAAACUCAUUGCAAAAAAGUGUGGAUUCUUGCAGAAUUCAUAGGUUUGUAUAUUCACUCUCGAGGUUUAGUGGCAAGAACAACUUAUUUUCUCCUCCCUAGUGAUUUUUGUCUGAAAAAUAUUUGUCAUAUGCCUAAUUGAUGUU